CUCGGGGACGACAAACUCUUCUACUCUUUCGUACAAACGCAUUAGGACGGGGGCUGUCGAGGAUAUUUUCAAUUGUAGUUUUUAAAGUCGACAUUAGUGGAGUUUCGUGUCAGCUGUAGUCAUUACAGGGCGUGGUGACGGCAUCAGAUGUGCGAUGUUUUGCAUUGCAGGAACCAUUUGUGAGAGAGUGAGGGAGUAAUGGAGAUGUUAAAGAAGUGAUGCACGGAACGCACACAACAGGCGACGCCCUCUUGUGUUUAGUGUCAAAGAUGAGGAGCUGUAGAGUCCCUCGCCCUGUGUAGUGGCCUGUGUGAGUGUCUAGUGUAGUGAGUGUGGGCGUGGGUGCUACAGAGUGAUGGCGUCCCCGGGCCCGCGCCCCGACACCCACCCUCAGGACCCUCCUGCUGCUGCUGCUGCUGCUACCUCUGCUGCCACUGCUGCUGCGUCGCCACCAGCCAUGGCGGGCGCGGCUGCCACAGCAAGCCCCCAAAAGUCCUCGCAGCAGCAGGGACAACCCUUCGAGCCCCUGGAUAAAUCUGUCAGCCAGACGGUGAAGUUAAACCCCAAGAUGGAGUUGAGUCGCACUGAUCUCCUGAAAUUGCUCUCCUAUAUGGAAGCUGAACUACAGUCACGGGAUGUUGUCAUAGCAACUCUGAAGACGGAAAGGGUAAAAAACUUGCUGCAGUAUGGCCGUGUAGGACUAAGUGACCCAUUCCUAGCCCUACAGCGGGACAGCAUUGGGGGCUCUGUUGUUCGGGGCGGUGGUGUCAACGAGGCAGAGCUUCGGGCAAUAGAGGAGACGCAGCUAGCCCAACUAGAGCACUUAAUUGCCCAGCAACGUAAAGCACAUCAGAGGAUGCGGCAUGUUCUAAGGGAGGCAGAAAAGCGGCAUUCUCGAGUUGUAGCAGAACUAGAGGAGGAGCGAAGGAAACAUGAGCAUGACACAGCACAAGGUGAUGAUGUAACUUAUGCACUAGAGAAGGAUCGCACGCGGUUGAAACAGGACAACAAUGACAGAAUAGUUGCUGUUAGAGACAAACUGAAGGUAAAAUUUUAUACACCAUUCAAGAAAUUUAAUAUAAGAUGUGAUUUUGCAUGUCACUGGGUAUAUGAGGAGUAUGUUUAUAUUCUGCAAAUGACUAAGAGCAGAGAAUUUCGUUGCAAUAUUUCAUGUGAUUUCAGACAUGACUCAUCAUCCACUUAG